AUGCGAAGCAAGAGGCAGGUGUCUAUCUUACUUCACACAUAUCGUCUUUUAUCGACUCGGAAUGAAAGCGGACCUUUUAAGGCUAAGUAGCAACAACUGGUGCUAACGCUUCUACAACAACCGUAACUUUGUUCAAUUCGAUUCUGAAUCGGACCGAUAGUUCAACAGAAACGUCGUUGUAGCCAAAUCGUUUGUCUUCAGGAACCUAAACUACAAUUCCCACAAUGCACCUGACGUAACGUACGCACUUUCCAGCACCGUGUCCACUCUUCUGGCGCGACGCGUAACUCACUUUUUUUUUUUUUAGACAACUAGCCAGCGGAGUGGACGUCAGUUGAGCCUACCAUUGAGGCGAUUCACAGGAGCUUUAAUGCCGCUGCUGUUGGUGUUAGUGAGACUCGCGCGUGCCGAUGCUGUUGCUGUGUGCUAAUGGGAUUAUUCCAAAGGAAAGCAACGUGAACUGACGGAGACAUCCACAACAACAAGCCGAAGGGGCAGGGCAGCACAGGCCAGUCUGUUCACGCUCUCACGUCAUAAGUCUGCUGCACGAAGUUUGUAUUGAAUGCGUGCAGCUGCCGCUGUGUAUAACGCACGUUAUGUUAACGGCCAGUUUGAAUAGUAACGGCACACGAAGGUAAACGUUAUAUGCAACGGUGGCCAUGUUUCAGCUCACCUGAUUGCUGUCCAUACCUCCAGAUCGUUUACAUGUAUGAUCACCAUGCACCACCCCGCUCCCACAAGCAGUGAACUGGGGUUUCUGCCAGCCAUGUAUUCGUUUUCAGGCCCCACAAGCCUUCCUGAAUUUGACCUCGGAUCUCCAAGUACGUCUGGUCACCUACAGAGAGCAACUCUCUCUAACAACAGCUGGGAGACAAGAUCUCUUCGGAAGCACAGGAAGAGAGUUGAAGAUGAGGGCUGCACCGCUAAAAGGAGGAGGUUAAUGUUCGAGGCAGAAGUGGACAUUUCAGAGAACUCAAACGCCAGCGCUCGUCAUAACUGGCCUCCAGCUAACAGCCGCCCUGCUGCGCCUGCACUUCCGCAGCCCUGUCCGGCAUCUCGGAGCUUGGCUUUGCCACAGCCCUCCACUGCUCCUCCGCGCCCUGAGGUAGAGAGCUCCUGCAUGGAGAUAGAGGCAGCUCAGAGGAAACUGCAGGAGAUUGAAGACAGAAUAACACUGGAGGAUGACGAUGAGGAUGAAGAUCUGGAUUUAGAGCCAGCCCCGAGACGGCCGGUGUUGGUGAUCUCUGACAGUUUGAAGGAGGGUCUACAGCGCGGCAUCAGCGACAUCCUGCCGCACACAGUAGCCCAGUCUGUGAGCCAUUCCUGUAUGGAGUUGGUGUUGUGGCGUCCACCAGACGAUCCCUUCUGUCGCAAGCGAAAGGGCUCAUUACAGAAACAACGUAAACAACAGACAGUAUCUCGGCAACCCCCAACUCCAUGUCCAUCGCCCACCCCUCACAGUGCCCUCAGCCCCUCCAGUUCACCUGCAGACACACAACCUCCUGUCUACAUCUUUCCUGUGGCCCACAGCUCUGGUGAGGAGGACAUGGAAAUGUAAUGGUGCUUGAUGAUUUGAAAAGCCAUGCCAAAGUAAAAGACUUGAAAUGUAGUCGCAAAAAAGACUAUAAAAGACUCAGUUUGCAAAGGCAUGUUGGCUUUAUAUGAAUAGUGUGCUGUUUUGGACAGUUUGUGUAACACAUUUUCUGCUUCUCAGUCACUCAGUUUAUUUUUUGUUUGACCAUAAUCUCAUUCAACUAUAUGUAACAUGUUACAACAAUGUUUACCUAAUUAAUCCGCUUCAUUCAUGUAAAUCUCCAAGACGACUGUCGUGAUCUCAAGACCUUGACAAGUUCUAUAGACGGCCUUAGAAAACCAAUUUUAUACCAUUUUACAGAAUUUACCCAAGCCCUUAGACCUUAGAUAUCAUUUAGCCAAAGCCAACGACACAAUGAUGUGCUGUAGAUACGAAGUUCUUUGUUAAACAUCAGUGUGCAGCAUCUGAAUUUUGUAAGAUUUUUAUGUUUAGCUUCUGGGCAUCGUUAACAGGACACAACAUAUUGUUCCUGUGUGUUGUGUUCACAUUUGCUCACAGCAUGACUUCCUGCUUGCUGUUGUACUUGUUGUGGUAGAAGGUUUACCUUCCGUGCUUGGCAAGUACGCCAUCUUUGAGCUUUGAGAAGUGUGUUAAGAAGUCAUGGAAAUGCACCUUUUUGAUGAUUUGAUUGUAUUUUCAUAUUACUACAAUUGCAACCAGCCA